AUGAAUUUAAAUUCUGUUAAACAUGUUUAUAUUUUUAAUAAAAAAACAGCAAAUAAUUGUAUAAAAUAUUUUCCAAAUGCUACUCAAUUGACAAUUAAAUAUUAUUUUAAUAUACCUGAUGAUUCAAAUUCAAUAAUUCUUAAUCGUAUUAUUCCUUUAAAACAAAUGACUAAAUUAACAAUUGAUUGUUAUUAUUUUUCUUUUCAACAACUUAUUAAUCUAUUACAUUUUUUACCAAAUAUUCAUAUAUUAAAAUGGAAUUUUAUAAAUUACAAUGAAAAUAAUCUACCAAAUGAUACUUUUGAAUAUGUAUCAAAAACAAAUAAAAUAAAAAAUUUAGAUAUUAAAUCAUUAUGUACAUUAGACUUAAUUGAAAUAAUUGUUAAUUUAUUUCCAAAAUUAGAAUAUCUUAAAAUUGGAAUAAAUCGAAAAGAAAUUAAACAUAUUACACGAUAUAUAUUAUCAAAAAGUAAUAAUAAAAUAUGUUAUUUAUUCUUGUUAUGUAUUACAGAAAUACCUAAAAUAUGUUUAACACAAAAUUGA